AUGCACCACCACCACCACAGGUCAAGACUGAGCUCAACAGGAGCUGCUCCAAUGCAACAAAGAGGGACAGUACCUAACAUAUCAAGUUCUGAGCGCUUACCCCCUCCUCCUCCUACCUCCUCCUUUUCUAAACCAAUACUAGCCUCUCCUUCUUCUCCUCCUCCUCCUUAUGCUGAGAAGGAUCCCAUUGGUCACCCUCCUCCUCCUCCUCGUCAGUCCAUCCCUCGUAACAGACCCUCAUAUCCCGGGAGAACUGGGUGUGUCAGUAUGCAGCACUCUCCCAUGUACCCUCCUGGUAUUCAGACCAAUGCUCACGUCACUCGUAGCUCCACUCACUUGUCCUCUCCUCAUGUUGAUAACGGCUACCCAACUCAUGUUCCCAUAUUGUCUUCACCUGCUCCUGUCAUUGGAGGGACUUUAGUAUGA